AUAGUAAUACAUAUAAUAUUUAUAUUUUUCGUUCACGAUACGAAACGUCUUCUUUCAUAUUUGGAGGUUAGGUGUCUUUUUAAUGCAAUGGCGAUUUUAUGUGUUUACGUUGAAAUGUGUGUAGAUUAUAUCAACCUAUGUGUAUGUAAGUUAGUUUAGUUCCGUUCAGUUCGGUUCAAACGUCCUCUAACGUCGUUCAAUCUUGUUUUAUGUUACUCUAGCGACAUGAAAAUAUAAAAAUCCGUUUUGCAGUAUUUGAUCUAAACGAAUAUGAAGAAAGAUGGAAUUAAAAAUUUAAUUUGAUUUACGACUGGACAUAUUUUAAUUUUUUAUAAUUAAACAUUAGCUUUUGAUAAUCGCUAAUCAAAACCAGUGAUUAACGCACGAUUUAUCACUCUGAUUUAUCGCCGAUUGCGGAAUCAUCUGCUCUUUCUCUAUAAUCGCAAUGAAGCCCAUUUGAUCCACGAUUUUCCUGUCAUAUAUGAUUAAUCGCGAUUUUACGCUAAUUUUUUCGAAAAUUGGUAAGAUCAUCAUGAUUUGCAUGACAUGGGAGCAUUGAACUAGUAAUGACAAUGCAUACUUUCCAUAUACAUGUAUAUGGAACGAUAAUAUAGGAUUGAUGAGCAGGGUUGUAAUUUAUUUUCUUCUUUAAACAAUAUUUAUUGGUGGCACUAACAUUAAUAUUUAUAGAGCAAAUAGAGCUGUACGUGCUCGAGUAACAGUGUGAAAGUCUUCUUCAUCAAAUAAAAUCAGAUGCCUGAUUUCAGUAUUGUUUUUUUCUGGAUGAGCAAAUACUGUUGGAUUUUGAAGAGAUAUUUUCUAACGGUAAACGUAAUCGAUCAUAUAAGCACGACCGAUAGUACAAUCACAUUCGAAUAUAAAUGUCAAGCGAAUGAUUGUUUGAUUAAGUUGUUGAAUGAAUAAUUAUAUUCGUAUGACCUAUUCUAAUGCUACAAUCUAUUCUAUGGUUGGCUUUUUCUAGUAUUUUUACCUCUAAAUUUCGGGAUAUUUUGGAAACCUUUCAGUUAUUUUCUCGAUUAGUAUUGUCAUAUUCGACAGAAAAAAAUCACAUUUAUCGUUGAUCAAAAUUAUAUCUUUCUAUUUAUUGAAAUUUUACUCAAAAAAAUGUUAUUGUGAAUUCUGUAUGGAUUCGUAUUUUAUUUAAUACAUAUAAAGUCCAUAGUAGAAUUCUUUCAAAUUUAUAUUUGACUUCAAUAUUGUGAUGAUUUCUGAUAGAACGAGCACUGGCAAAGAUGAAGUUGUGCUUUAAUCAAUUUCUUUUAUCAGCGAUCUCAUUUGUUUCAUAGAAAAUACAUGAAUAUAUAUAUAGGCAGCAAAGCGACAACUAAUAGAUCAAAACCAAAAACGAUAUCACACAAGAGUAUAAGUUUGGAGAGAAAAUACAAACUAACGAUAAGACGUGAUAACAGAAAAGCUCAGCCGUAUACAUUAGAAACAGAUAUUCUAGAAAGUGAGUUCUGAAAUUGAUCUUCUUUUCAUUCAUAUUCGUAUCCAUAUUAUAUAGUAUUUAAUAUUCUAAAGAAGAAUUUUCAUGCCAACAAAGAAAGUAUGUCUUGAAAUAUAUUUGCCACUAUUUGAGUGGAUAUAAACUUUAUUUUCAUUGUUUUAUUCAUUCUUCGUCUAAAUGCAUAAUGCAACAUGCGUCAUAUUUUGAUUUUUACGCGUACACAAUAAUAUACAAUGCCAUCUGUAGCAUUUUCACACAAAUUCUGUACACAAUCUUAGCAAUUAAUUUUGAACCCAUCUCCUGCACUCACCCUACCAACUUCGACUAAAUAGUCUUCAAAGUAUAUUUUCAGUUUUGAGAAUUCUUUCUCGAAUGCUGAGUCACACUUUAUUGUCCUUAUCUAUAAUCAACAAACUUGGCUUUUUCUGUUUUAAAUCAACAACAAAAAUACUCUACAACGACACAUUUUUCGAGCAUGCAAAGUUUAAAGCAGUUCUCAUGAUGUGAAUGUUUACAUCCUGCAUGUGUUAUAUUGCGUCAUUAAGUGUAUGAAGACUUUUUAAGCUGCAGUUUUUGUUUAGCUUUUAACAGUAGCAAACUGUAGUGAAACAUACCGUAUUAAUAUCUAUAUGAUGCCAUACAAUUACGAAAUGGCAUAAUCAUGUUAGAUUUGUAAAUAUAUAAAUAUUAUUAAUGCAAUUUUAAUAAAUUUUAUCUAUAUCGAAUCGGAAACUAAUUUUAUGUUAUAUAAUAUCUUCUUUUGUUGACUAGGGCAAUUGGCAAUAAAAAAGUUUUCCGUUUGGUCACUGCAUACAAAGAAAAUUUCUGGAAACGAGACAAUACAUCAAUUUAACAUGUCGAUAAUAGAAUAUAUUCCAUUUAAUUUCUUCCGCAUGAUAUUAAUUUCACCAGGUUUCUACGUUCUUAUUUUAGUCGUUUUUCUUGCAUAUAAAUUAUUAUUGUGUCCAGGAAGACCUUCACAUUUAACAGGAGAUUGGCAAGACUCUCAGGUUGUUCUCCAUUGGUAUACUUCAUCAAGGGCACACACCUAUCAAGUUUAUUACAGAUCCAACCAAAAUGCAACCGUCAAGUGGAAAUCUAUACCGAACUUACAUUUGAAUACAUGCUCUCUUACUAUAGUUAAUGGCAUCGCCUACGACAUAUACGUUGUGGCACAAAACUCCUAUGGAUUAAGUUUUAGUUCGGUCGUUCUUAAUGGACGUUCUCGUGUUUCGCCACCUACAAAUCUCAAUGUUUCAGCUAACUCAGGAGAUAAUACCGUCUUUUUACACUGGACCCCAGUCGUGAAUUGUAAAGGUUAUAUUAUUGAAAGGAGAGAAUAUUCACUUUCAAAAAGUACAUUUUCUAUUAUUAAAAAACUGAACGACCCUUCAUACAAAACAUUUGAAGACAAUACUGCAUUUUUUGGUAUCAAAUAUUGUUAUGUAGUUAUCUCACUUGAUGAAGCUGGUGAAAGCAGUUGCUCAAAUGAAGCUACUAUGUAUCUACGUGCUCCAGCACCCAAAAAUGUUGCUGUAAGGCUUAACAAUGACAAAACUGAUACAAUUUCAUUGCAAUGGAUGCUGGUACCAAAAGUCGAGGGAUAUAUCAUUAAACGAGCGACAGGAUCACCCAAUAGUGCAUAUUUCUCCAUCGGAAUACUGUAUGAUUCAUCGGCCACAAAUUUCGAUGAUAGUUCAUUCAAAUUUGGUGUUACAUACUAUUAUACUGUCACAUCAAUCGAUAAAGCUGGUGAUGCUGAUGAGUCACCGGCUGUCUCCAUCUGUCCUCGUUCUUAUGCACCUACGAAUCUUGUUAUUAUAUAUGAACAGACAAACAAUCUCGUUGCUUUGCAAUGGAAACCAGUAGUGAAUGGUAAUGGCUAUAUUGUGAAGCGAGCAGCAGGUUCAUUGAAUGACCCCUUUUUUAUUAUCGAUAAAAUUAAUGAUCCGGCAAUCACAACCAGCAAAGAUAUUUCAUUCAUAUUUGGAACAAAAUAUUAUUAUGUAGUCGCUUCCUUUGAUGAACUUGGUGAAAGUAAUCAGUCAGAUUCAGUUAGUGUGGUAUGUCCACGUGCUCCGGCGCCAGCCGAUCCAAGGUGUUCUUACACGGAGAAUGCUGAUAAUUGCAUCGUUUUGCAGUGGAAACCAGUAUUGAAUAGUAAAGGCUAUUUUGUUAAACGAGCACACAUCACAAAUAGUUCUGGAGUUAUGGGAAGGUGA